AGAACAUACUAUAAGGUUAGGAGUCCAAGUUAGGUUAAUGUGACACUUAUGAAAUGAAUAAUUAGGUAGCUAGGUUUCCUGUACUAGUAUUUGGCAUAAAUUGUUAGUGGUAGUGGUAUGCAUAAAUUCAAAAGGAAUAUAGGUUGAAGAUUUAUGUAGUGUAUUAAAUUUUGGGUAGCAGUAUGAAGAAAGGGCAGUUGAUGAGAGAGUGAAAUUAAUAAAUGGCAGAAGAGAACGAUAGAUUGCUUCCGGUAGCGAACGUGUGGAGGAUGAUGAAGAAGAUCCUACCCCCAAACGCCAAGAUCUCUAAAGAAGCCAAAGAAACAAUGCAAGAAUGUGCAUCGGAGUUCAUAUGCUUUGUCACCGGUGAGGCAUCGGACCGGUGCCACAAGGAGAACCGCAAGACGGUGAAUGGAGACGAGAUCUGCUGGGCCCUCAGCUCCCUCGGAUUCGAUAACUACUCGGAUACUAUGCUCACCUACUUGCACAGACUCAGGGAGAUUGAGGCACAGAGGGCUAAGCAACAAAACUAAUUAAGAGGAUGUGCACCCACUGAAGUAGACACUAGUUCAUCAUUCCAUUUUCAAGAGAGGAGAUCUUCUUCUUCAGCUAAAGCAUGGCCUCUAUUUUCAGGAAAAACAGGUACUUCUUCUCAUCUAAUUUAGCUAGCGCUAAAUUCUCAACUAUCCAAUAAGUUUGUAAGAUAAACUUGUUUUUCCUAUAUUUUAGCCACUUUGUUUAUAAUCUUGAAAUUUGACUUGUUUUUA